AUGACAUAUGGACACCCGUCAGUUGAUAAUCAGGAAAAAAUUAGUCAAAGGAGUAUUACAAACGUAUAUAAGAAUGAUUCAGAUUUGAUUAUUAACAAUUGGUAUUCCCGAGAUCGAGAUGUUAAAUUUGGCGUACAAGUGGAAGAACGACUCGAAAUGCCGAGAAGAAUAGCAGCUAUAAGAACUGAUGUUAAACAAGAUUAUUAUUUGAUUUGGCUCGAAUUGAGCACAGACAAUCGUUAUGAUUCGACUUUUAAAAUGGUAUCUAAACAAUUAGAUUCUUUAUUUACUACCAUUAUUCAUUUUGAUGAUGUAAUAAAAUGUGUACAUUGCGUCGAAAAUUGGUCAAAGAAACAAUUAUUUUUGAUUUUGUGCGGUGAUUUAGAUGAAACGAUUAUGGAUUACUUGAAUCAGAUGCUACAGAUCGAGCAUGUUUUUGUGUUAUGUGAAAAAACUUUAAAUGAGAAAUCGUUAAAGAAUGAUAAAAUUACAUCUACUAUAUAUAAUACUGUCGGAAGUAUGUGUGAACAAAUAAAAAUCGAUUACGCUAGUACAAUUAAAUCUGAUUUUCGAUUAUCAAACAUCUUUAAUAUAUCUAUUAUAGAAAAAUUAUGGUAUCAACUUGAUGAUACAGAAUUAGAAUUUCUUCAAUAUCAAUUACUUUUUGGUGUAUUGUUACAUGCACCGCAUAAAUACGCCAUGAAAGAUCUUAUCAAUCACUGUUCACUGCUGUACAAUAAAAGCGUUGACGACCUUAAGAAAGUUGAUGAAUUUGAGCGAACUUAUCGUUACGAAGAUGCCGUGAAAUGGUAUACAAAAGAUUCGUUCAUCUAUCGUCUGCUAAACAAAGCUUUACGUACAGAAGAUAUUACCGCGUUAUACUGUUUUCGUGGAUUUUUACAAGAUCUUAAUAAGAACACUCAAUCGGGCUCACUAAAUGAGUCGAAAAUACUGACCACUUAUCGUAGUCAAACGAUGAACGUAAACGAAAUCGAACAAUUAAAAGAGAAAAUUGGCAGUUUAGUAUCAAUAAAUACUUUUAUUAUAACACGCUUUGAUAGGGAAGCAGCGUGUGCAUUUGUGCGGUCACAUACAACAUCCGUUCAAACAGUGCUAUUCGAGAUAACUAUAAAUGCUGAUGUUCGUACAUUUCUAUUAUCUAACACAAAUCAGUUGGUGAUAAUGCCUGGUACGAUGUUUCAGAUAGAAUCCAUUGUAUACGAUCAAGAUAUUUGGACUAUAAAACUGAAAAGCUUCGAUAACUGUAUAAUACGAGAUAGCAUUCUAGUACGAAGUUUGAAAACUGAAUUUGAUAAUAAAUCAAGUUUAUUUGUGCUUGGACAAAUAUUUGUUCAUAUGAACAAAACAGAGAAAGCACUUAGUUAUUAUCAAAUAUUACUUAAAGAUCAAUCAUUAAAUAAUACAUCCAUCGUACAGUGUUUGACAGAAAUUGGAAAUAUUUACAAUACAUUCCAAGAAUAUUUAACAGCCUUAAGUUAUCACGAAAAAGCAUUGAAAGUUAUUGAAAAUGAUGUUAAUAUAUUGAACAGUACUAUAGAAGCAACAUUACACAACAACUUUGCUCUCGUUUAUGAAAAUAUGCGUGAAUAUGAGAAAGCAUUCGGUCAUCUAAGUUAUUCGGUGAAACUUUUGAAACGAUGUCGCACAACUGAGUAUUCGAAAAAACUGUAUGCAAUCGUUUUCAAUAGAAUCGGAGUAUUACAUACAAGCAUGAAAAGAUUUGCUGAAGCUUCUUUGUAUCAUCAUGAAUCGUUAGAGGUUCUGAAGAACUGCAACAUGUCUGACCAAUCACUAAUUGCCGUGAAUUAUAACAAUAUUGGUAUUGCGUUUCAAAAUCAGAAUCUGCACGUACAAGCUCUCAAUAGUCAUUUUAAAGCACUGCAAAUUUUAUCCAAGCCUUCUUCAAACAAUCGAUAUCUUGCAUCAUGUUAUAAUCAUCUUGGCGUUGUUUACAGUCGCAUUGGUCAGCAAACGACGGCGCAGUCCUAUUUUGAAGCAGCAGUGGAAAGUGCAGAGUCUUUACGCCCGCGGAAUGAGCUAUCUGUAGCCGCUUCAUACCACCAUCUUGGAAUAGUGAAAGCAAUUUCCGGACAUGUUGCUGCUGCCUUUGAAUAUUUCGAAAAAGCUCUACAGGUGUACAGAAGAUCACAUAAAUAUGAUGAUAAACUACUUGUUUCAAUAUAUAAUAAUAUUGCCAAAAUUCAUCGCAAUCAAGGUGAUAUUGAUGAAGCAUUGAUUAGUUACGAAAAAUCACUCCAACUACAAUUGAUCUGUAACCCAUUUGAUGCUUCCCUGUUAAUAGAAACAUACAAAGAAAUCGGAUGCCUUAACAUCCAGAAGCAAAAUUACUCAAACGCAGCAGAAAACUUUGUACAGGCAUUUUUGCGAAGUCAGCAAAGCAAGCUGUGUACUGCAGAUAGCAUUAACGCAUGGGCAUCUGCAGCUCUAAAUACAACAUUAUGUGACGAUGUCAAACAGCUCAUGUUCAAAAGUUUAAAAGUAAUGUAA